AUGUCUAUAAAUCCUGAAUUAAUGAGUCAUGUUGAUUCAGACCAACUUCGACCAAUACUUAAAAGUGAUGAAAGGAUUUUAUUAACACGUGGAUUUGUAAAGUUCCAACUGAAGUCAUCUAAUGAGAAAUUCCAGGGUUAUGGUAGUGUAAUUGUAACCACAAAUAGAAUUGUUUUAAUAAGAACGGGAGAUAUUGAUAAACCAUCGAAUUUCGUUUCACUAGAACUCCCUUUAUGUAAUAUUGAUAAAGUUGAAUUUCACCAACCCAUACUUUUUCCAAGUUAUAUUGAGGGUAUUGUAAAACCUACUCCAAAUGCUAUGUAUAGUCUGCCUAGUAUAAGUUCGUGGUGGAUAUCUUUUUAUAAAGGUGGCUGUUGUACGUUUAUAAAGUGUUUCUUCCGUAUAUACAGAUCUGUUGUGCAUACUCAAAAUGUCAAUGAUGCUAAAAGUAAGUCAUUAUUUGAAUUCUUAUAUUUAAAAUAA